AGACAGCGUAGGUUAUCGCACGACAAAGGAUGGAAAUGUUACGUAACGUAUCUAUUCUCGUUUUUGUACUCGAACUCACAUGGAAGAGGCUUUUUUCUUCCAAAAUAGACGAAAUGAGCAUGAUCAAAGUGAUCAGCCUAAAGAAAAAAAGGCGGGAGAAGAACAACAGAGCGAGGAAAGCAAGCCAGCUGGAAAUGAUCAAGCGGACACUCAGUCUGAGGAAGCUGAUAUCAAGAUGGAAGACAAAGACACAGAAGACCUUAAAGAGGAUCAAGGUCAGCAAGAUGCCACCUCAAAAGAAAAUGACAAGAAGGAGAAAGAAGAGUCUGAUAGUGAAGAAGGAGUGGAAGGCAAGCGACACUAUGGCGAUCAUCGACAAGCAUCCAAGAAGGAGCAACAACAAGAACAACAGCAGUCUGAAUUGAAGCAAGAAGAUGAAGAAAUGAUGAUGACCGAUACAAAGGAGCCAAAAGAAGACGAUAGGUCUGAAAAGAAAUCGGGAGAAAAGGACGAGCAACCUAAAACCACAGGAAAAACUUCGUCUAAAGGGGGCAGACCUACCAAGCAAUCCACCGGAGCAGCCACUCGCAGUAAACAACCAUCGGCUUUGGAGAAACGAGGACGAGCAUCUCAACGACGUCAACAACGAUCCAACGAUGAUUCUGAUGAACAUGCUGGUACUUAUGAAACGAGAACAAGUGGAAGGGGACGCCCUCCCAAGAGAAGCAGUAGUAAGACGAAGCAAUCAGCAGCCAUGAAACGAAGAAAAGCGACUUCUCACGAGGAUAGUGACGUUUCUGAUGAAAUGAAUACUGUUCCAGCAGAUAAUGUGAGAACACGCAGUGGUAUGAAAAGAAGAACCGAAGGAGUUGACAGUAGUGCUCUUGCUAAGAGAGCAAAACAUUAAGCACGAUCUUUACCCACUUCUUCUCGCUCCUAUCGAUGCUGUCAAGCGAUGUUAUGUCACAUCAUUGCUCAAUGAACAAUCUAUUCUUCUUUACUUGGUCUAUUUGCUUUGUUGAAACCCUCUUUCACUACCAUAAAAUCACGGUUUCUUUUUAUAAACUAUAUACAAUGCUGAUUUUAUAAGCUUU